UUCGGUCUUUGGGAACUGGACGUCACAUCCGGUCUUUUUUGGGCUUCGCAGGGCUCCAGCAUGGCCGACACCGGUGUGGUGGAGACACUUCUACAGCGGAUUGAGAAGGUGGACGAUGGCGUGGACAGCCUGGAAGUGGCUAGCAGCCUCGGGGUGGACCACCAGGUCAUAGUCGGAGCCGUGAAGAGUCUGCAGGCUCUCGGCGACGUCAUCUCAGCCGAGCUGCGCUCCUCCAAGCGGUGGGAGCUGACGGAGGAGGGCACGGAGAUAGCCGAGCAGGGCAGCCAUGAAGCCCGGGUCUUCAGCUCCAUCCCGCUGGAGGGUCUGGCACAGAGUGAGCUCAUGAAACUGUCCUUUGGGAAGAUCGGCUUCAGCAAAGCCAUGUCCAACAAGUGGAUCAGAGUGGACAAGGCCCAUGAGGGCGGCCCAAGGAUAUUCAGGACUGUGGAGAAGAUUGAAGACCAGGUCAGAGAGAAGCUGCUUCUGGUAAAGAAAGGAGACAUGACUCAGCUGGAGGAGAAGGAAAAGAAUGAGCUGAAGAAGAGGAAGCUGCUCUCUGAGGUGACGGUGAAGUCGUACUGGAUCUCUAAGGGCAACUCCUUCAGCACGACCGUCACGAAGCAGGAGACGGAGCUCACCCCUGAGAUGAUUGCCAAUGGCAGCUGGAAAGAGAAGAAAUUUAAGCCCUACAACUUUGAGGCCCUGGGCGUGGCCCCUGACUGUGGCCACCUGCACCCGCUGAUGAAGGUGCGCACACAGUUCAGGCAGAUCUUCCUGGAGAUGGGUUUCACAGAGAUGCCAACCAACAACUUCAUAGAAAGCUCCUUCUGGAACUUUGACUCCCUGUUCCAGCCCCAGCAGCACCCAGCCAGAGACCAGCACGACACCUUCUUCCUGUCUGACCCAGCACUCGCCCAUGAGUUCCCUCAGGACUACCUGGAGAGAGUGAAGAAGGUCCACUCAGAGGGAGGCUUCGGUUCACAGGGGUACAAGUACGACUGGAAGAUAGAGGAGGCUCAGAAGAACAUCCUCCGAACGCACACUACAGCAGUCAGCGCACGCAUGCUGUAUAAACUGGCACAACAGGAGAAGUUCACCCCCGUCAAGUAUUUCUCCAUCGACCGGGUGUUCAGGAACGAGACGUUGGACGCCACCCACCUGGCCGAGUUCCAUCAGAUAGAGGGCGUGGUGGCCGACUAUGGACUCACACUGGGAGACCUCAUGGGUGUCCUCCAUCAGUUCUUCACCAAAUUAGGAAUUACUAAGCUUCGCUUUAAGCCUGCCUACAACCCGUACACAGAGCCCAGUAUGGAAGUGUUCAGCUACCAUGAAGGACUGAAAAAGUGGGUGGAAGUAGGAAACUCAGGCGUCUUCAGACCAGAGAUGCUGCUGCCCAUGGGUCUUCCUGAGGAUGUGUCAGUAAUUGCCUGGGGACUGUCUCUGGAGAGGCCCACGAUGAUUAAGUACGGCAUCAACAACAUCAGAGAACUGGUGGGACACAAGGUGAACCUACAGAUGGUCUACGACAGCCCCAUCUGUCGACUGGAGUCCUGAGCUUCACCCUUUACCACAUUUAUUUUUGAUGGACCCGACUUUCCUUUACCCCCUCAUUUCUACAUCUCCCUUGAGAAAGCCCUCCACCCUCUGCUCAUUCCUGCCAGUCCAAGCUCGGCCAGUUUAAACCAGUUGGUCUGAAAGCAACCAGCACAAAAAGAGGGUCUGUUUUCCCAGCAACACUUAAAACAGAUCACAGCAAACAUGUUUCUCAAAGGGCUUCGACACACAGGAGCAGCAUCUGUAUGAACUUUAUGCUGCCAUGCAAAACAUCAGUGGGAGUCUCAACUUAAUUACAUACCACCGUUUUUUUUACAUGACCCCACCCCAGUUACUACAGGAAAUUACCUACUUGUACAGGAAAAAAUACUUUUGCAAUGUAACAAAUGUACAAUUAAAGGCUUUUCCAAAUACCAC